GUGCGCGCUGACGGACUGACGGAGCCGGUGCACCGGGAGCUCAGUGCUGUACUAUGGACCUGCGGAGCAGCGCUGAGACAGACCCGGACCUCUCCGAAAACCAUCCCGGCUCCGUCCCGGCGGAGCUGCAGUCCAGGAAGCAGGAACAGGAGAAGCUGUCCGGGGUGGUGAAGAGCGUGCACCGAAAACUCCGCAGGAAAUACAUUGAAGUGGGAGAUUUCGAUAAAAUAUGGCGUGAGCAUUGUGAAGAUGAGCAGACUCUUAGUGAAUAUGCCAUGGCCAUGAAGAAUCUUGCUGACAACCACUGGGCCAAUAAAUGCGAGGGAGAGGGACGCAUUGAGUGGUGCCGCAGUGUUUGUCAGGAGUAUUUCCAGGAUGGAGGGAUGAGGCGAGUCUUGGAGAAAGAUGAGAAGAGUGCUAGGCAUGCCACAGCUGGGAAUGCAAACACCGAUACAAAUGCUCCACCGCAGCUGUCCUCUAUAAGUACCAGCUCAACAUUCCAGCUUGGGAGGAUCCGACUCUUGGAUGUGGGCAGCUGUUUCAAUCCUUUCCUAAAGUUUGAUGAGUUUCUGACUGUCGGUAUUGACAUUGUGCCCGCAGUAGAGAGUGUCUACAAAUGUGACUUUCUCAACCUGCAGCUGCAGCAGCCUCUGCAGCUGGCCAGCGAUGCCUUGGAUGCUUUCUUGCGGCAGUUACGAGGCCCAAUUGAUGCUUUACCUGCCGAGUUAUUUCAUGUAGUAGUCUUCUCUCUUCUUCUCUCCUACUUUCCUUCCCCCUACCAGCGCUGGCUCUGCUGCAAGAAAGCACAUGAACUCCUGACCCUGAACGGCCUGCUCCUCAUCAUCACCCCUGAUUCCUCUCACCAGGGCCGGCACGCGCUCAUGAUGCGCAGCUGGCGAGUUGCAGUGGAGUCUCUGGGAUUCAAGCGCUACAAGUACGUCAAAUUCUCCCACAUGCACCUGAUCGCUUUCCGCAAGGUAUCCCCCACCACCAGUAGCGACCUAGUGAGCCGCAACUACCCGGAGAUGCUUUACAUCCCACAGGACUUUAACACUUUCGACGAGGACGGAUUCGCAGAUUGCUACGAGCCUCCGCGAUCAGAUUUUGAAGACGAUCAGAUGGCGUGUAGCUUCGCGGAACUGCCGGAAACUCCGUACGAUUCAGACUCAGGUGAGAGCCAGAGUAGCUCGGCGCCUUUCUACGAGCUGGAAGACCCUAUAUUGCUGCAGAGCUGAACUUGUUUACUAGCCCCCUCUUGGUAUUUAGUACCCUACCGUUGUGCUGCCAAAAUUGCUCCGCUGCGUUUUUUGUCUACUCGACCCCCUUUUUAAGCAGCGAAAAGUUUGCACAGAGUGAAUGAGGACGUUUAGGUGGGCGUGGAUUUUUAAGAGCGUGCAAGACAUCCUUUUGAA